AUUCCCUCUCCCUCUCUAGUCUCUACAUCCCUUUGGCACCCGCAAAUUCAACCUCACACCCGUGAGAACUGAGCUCUCUCUUCAACGGGGCUUUGUUUCCCACGUGGGUUUUUGACGUUUCAAGCUCUGCCAUGGAGAUUGUGAGGAAGAUCAUUCAUCCCUUCCUUGGAAGCAACCUCACAGCUUCAUCGGGGUUUCUUAUAAGAUGGGCUAGGUGAAGAGUUCAAAUUCACCUGGUAAGCUGGUCCAAGAUGGAGUCAGUUGAUCUGGAUCAUGAUGGUAUUGAAGAAACAUCUGAUAAGCAGUUAUUUUCUCCAAGCUCUCCGGAUAGAACUGAUAUAUUUGGAGAUCCACAGGUGAAUACACGAGUUGGUGAUGAUUACCAAGCAGAAAUUCCUUCCAUGAUGACAGAAUUUAAGCGUCUUCAGCUUCUAAUGAACCCUGCUGAUUCAGGAGUUGUGGUUGAUGUUUCCCAGUCCUUUUUAAUGGGUUUACCUAUCCCAAUCACAUGGGUCCAGGAAGUGGAUGACAUUGAAAAUGAAACACAGGGAUUUCGUAAUAAUCAUGAUGAGGCAGUUAACCCAAAUGGGCCAGUUGAAUUGAGAAACAGAGCAAAGUUACUUAUUAAGUUGAAGAGGAAAGGUUCAGCAAUCAAUCUUGAACCCUUGGCUGUUGGGUUGGACCACGAAAAGGAAUCAAGAACUGAAAAUGUUGGAAAUAUUGUGGCAGGGAAAACAAGCUUAGCUGGACAGCAUAAAAGCAAAAGAUAUUGUCCAGUUCCAGGUUCUAAAUGUGACCCCUGGAAUGAUGCUGAAGUGAAGAGUUUCAUCCUUGGUUUAUAUAUAUUCGGGAAGAAUUUUGUUUCAAUCAAGAGGUUUCUAGAGAACAAAGAGUUGGGGGAAAUACUGUCAUUCUACUAUGGGGAAUUUUAUAGGUCUGAUGACUACCGUAGAUGGUCAGACUCCAGGAAGGUCAGAAGUAGGAAAUGUAUAACAGGACGGAAAAUAUUUACAGGAUGGAGGCUACAAGAGUUGAUAUCUCGUUUGCUUCCCAAUGUCCCAGAGGAAUUUCAAAUUACUUUGCUGGAGGGAUCCAAGUCAUUUGCAGAGGGAAGAACUUCACUAGAAGAAUAUGUCUCCUCUUUGAAGUCGACUGUUGGCAUUCUCAUUCUUGUGGAAGCUGUUGGCAUUGGUAAGGGUAAGGAUGAUCUCACGGGACUUGCCAUGGAGCCUGGAAAGAUGAAUCAAACAUUUCAAGUUUGUCCUAACCUACCAACUGGCAAAGCUUGCUCCUCUCUUACACCAAGUGAAAUAAUAAAGUUCUUGACCGGAGGCUUCCGGUUGAGCAAAGCCCGGUGUAAUGAUAUUUUCUGGGAAGCUGUUUGGCCCCGUUUGCUCGCAAGAGGAUGGCAUUCCGAGCAACCUAAGAAUCAGGGUUAUGUGAGUUCUAAACAUUGCCUGGUUUUUCUUAUGCCUGGUGUCAAGAAGUUCUCAAGGAGGAAACUUGUGAAGGGAGACCACUACUUUGAUUCUGUUAGAGAUGUUUUGAGCAAAGUGGCAUCUGAACCAAAACUUCUUGAGCUUGAAGCUGAAGGAGCUACACUCCAGAGCUGCAAUGAGAAUGGUUGGGUUCCAGAAGUGACAUCAGACCCAGAUGAUCCAUCCAAUCAUCAGCGCCAUUGUUACCUUAAACCCCGAGUUUCUACUUGCAAUCCAAAUCUUAUGAAGUUCACAGUUGUUGAUACUAGUUCAGUCCGUGGAGGAAAAUUUUCUAAUGUGAGAGAACUGAGAUAUUUACCAGCUGAAUCUACAAUUGCUUCCAAUCUCUCCAAUCAUUUGAAAGAUGAUGAAGGGAAAUUCUUUAAGAAUUCACUGGAUGAGUAUAAGGUAUAUGCUUCUGAUAUGCCAAUGAAUGUUGAAAAGAACACAAAUAAACUCAACAACCACAGUACGGGUACAUUUGAUACAAGUGGUCCAAAUGGUUUGAAGUUCACUGUUGUUGAUACCAGUUUGCUCCAUGGAGAAAAAUCAUCCAAGGUGAGAGAAACUAGAUAUUUGCCAGUUGAACUUAAAAGUACUUCCAAGCUUACUAGUCUUUUGAGAGAAACUGAUGGGACCUCCUCCGAGGAUUCACUGGAUGGGAACGAGCUGGAUGCCGCUGACAUUUUGUUGAACAGUGAAAAGAAUAUUCUAUCUGAUAGUGAUGACACAAACCAAAAGGAAAUAAUUAAUAACUCAGAUACUACUGCAAACAAAAUCAUGGAGGGCCACCAGGAUGAGAAGGCCACUAUGUCUGAUGACAGGCAACUGAAGAUGACUAUAAAGCACCAGUUUAGUCGGAGAGUAAAAUCUGUCCAUUCAAAUUAUGUAGCUCCUGUCAGCAAAAGGCGAAAAUUAACUGUUUGUGCUAAGGCAAAAAGAGAACGCAUUGUUGAGGACUUCUCAGAAGGCUUGGAGUUGAAGGAAGCAAAACCUUUUUUGGCAUUAAACUCACCAGAUGCAGGCAAGAAUGUGAGUUCUCAAGAGAAAGUGUCAAUUAUGUCUUCAUCUAAAGGCAGUCCAGAUAAGAUGAGUGGGGGAGGCAUUCUCAGUGGAAAUUCUUCUGGCAUGGACUUGUCCUAUGGGGAAAAUGAGAAACAUCAAUCCCCGCCAUCACUUGACCUGAACCUACCUCAGGUUCCACUGAAGUAUGAAGAAACAGGUGACGUAAUAGUGGACGUCAAAGACGACCAGGGCAUAAAUGCAGAUGGUUCAUGCUCUCCAUCUAAGACAAUGGAGCUGGUUCCUGACACAUUGAGAACCUCUAUAGAUGCGGGCGCUGCCAAACAGCAGCCUAAUAUGAACCCCAGGAGACAAAGCACAAGAAACCGACCACCAACCGUCAGAGCAUUGGAAGCUCUUGCAAAUGGGUUCUUAAGUGUCCAAAAGAGGCACAGGAGCACGGAAGUUCAGACACGAGAAAAUCCAUUCUCUAGUCCUUCCCGCAAGGCCCGAAGCAGAAUCAAAGUAACUUCAAAUCGUGGUAGCACUAGUACUAAGGCUAUAGAAAUGGAGGAAAAAGAGGUGAAUGAAGCCUGUAAUGCUAACAAACCUCUUGAUCCUAGUGAAAAAGAUUGGCUCACUAGCUACUAGGAUUUCAAAAGCAACCCGUCAUCCUAAAGUUUUUGAGGACAAUCUGGUGAGGUAUGUUUUUCGUACUUUGACUUGAAAAUGGUUCUUAAUUGCUCUUGAACAACCACUGGAGGUCCGGAGCAGCCACGGUAUCUUUGGGGAGUCUCAUCUACAUUCCUAUGAAACUAACCAGUCACUAAUCAUGGUGCACCAGAUCACAGUGCAGACCACUCUUUAACCAAAAAGCUGAGGGUUUUCUUAGCAGUUUGCCAUUUCAAUGACAACAGUAGAGGAGGUUAAUUUGCUACAAGACAUUCGGCAGAUGUGUUGCUGGUAGUAUUUGCAAUGCAAGCAAAUGGUCAAAGUCUUAAUGAUAACUGGGGUGCUUUGGGAAGGCUGUUUGGAUCUGAUCAAGUUGCAUAUAAAUAACACUUGGCAAUGGCUGUUAAUGGAUAUUUGCCAAAAUAGGGAGCUCUAGAAGGCUAUUUCAAGGAGCCAUCUGCCGAUCAAGUUUCUGUGUUUGCUCAGUUGAGCAUGUUCCUGUGCUCAAUGGAGUUGUGUUAUGAAAUUCAUUCUUCUUGUGACAUUUUAAGAAGUUGUAAGCAAUUAAAUUUUCUUUGUAAUUUUAUUGUUUUGACUGGACACAUUCAGUCCCCUCUUAUGCUUACUUGAAAAAAAAAAUGUAUUCAAUGUAUUCCUCUUUACUUCCUCAUUUAGCAAUGCUCUGUAGCAUGAGCAUACUGCUUUCAGUAUGUUGAUACAAAGUUGCAUGUGUAUGAAAAACUUUUGCCUAAUCUAAAGAAUUUAU